AGGAGAAAGAAAUGAUGUUUAUCUUCAAUUGCUUUGGUUUCAUUAUAAUAUUUUAUGAAGAGACGAGGAAAAUCGUAUACUUAAAGACUCGAUUCCUUCUUCUUCUUCUUCAUUCCAAUUUCUUUUCCCACCUAACUUCCUUUCCUUCUUUAUUUGGCUCUUCAAAACCAAAAAGUGCCCUUUCGCCGCAUUUUAGUUUCUUGUUUCUCUAAUUUUCUCACUCUCAUUGCUACUUCUUCUACUGAUUUUUCUUCUUAUUUGUGUUGGGUUUGAUUGAUUUCAUCUAAUCUGUAACCCCAUUUUGUUGAAAUCGUUGGAUGCGUUUAGAUUUGCACUGUUAAUGCCUCCAUUUUAUUUCCUGCAGUAUACUGCUCUUACUGUUGGGGGGUUUUAAGCACAUUGUAUGCUGUUUCCCUUUUGUUUUUCUGAAUCUGGGUGUUGCUGACUUGUGUUAAUUUAGGUGAAAUUUUUUGUUUUGGCUUCUGGGUUUUUACCAAAACUUCAAAUUUCUUCGGGUUUUGUAAGAUCUAGUACAUUAGUGGGGGUUUUUGUGAAAAUGACUUAUGAUCAUUUGGAUCGAUCUAAAAGCUAUUCAGUUGCUUCAGGGCCAGGUUCUGUUUCAAAGCCUGCACCUGAAUUGAAGCUUUAUCAGUUUGUUGUAUUCUGUAUUCCAAUUCUUUUCACGUUCAUUCUUCUUUUCCUUUUCUAUCUCCUUUAUCUUCGUCGACGAAGGGCCGAUUGGACUUCGAUUCGAAUGCGAACUUCAGCUGCUGCUACUAACAAUAACAUCUCUACAUCUGAAGUUGGGUUGAAGAAGGAGUUCAGAGAGAUGCUUCCUAUCAUUGUAUACAAUGAGACAUUCUUUGUCACUGAUACACUAUGUUCAGUUUGUUUAGGAGAAUACAAAACCGAAGAUAAACUUCAGAAAAUACCAACAUGUGGGCAUGUAUUUCACAUGGACUGCAUCGAUCAUUGGCUAGCCAACCACAAUACUUGCCCACUCUGCCGUCUCUCCGUCCUCUCACCGUCGUCUCAACCACCACAUAUUCAGAUCGACAUGGGACAUGAAUCUUCGAACGAACCACAAUGCGAAGAACCACCUCCUCCACAUAGUAAUCAAGCUUGUCAACAUACAACACCUCCAGUGUAAAAAAAAAGUCAUAAUUGGAGCUUUCAAGGGGGAAGAAUCAUUCAUUGCUGCAGCAAUUAAAAAAGGGAUGCAACAUUGGAUAAUUCAUCGAGAGAAGACGAUUCCAAGGCACAAAUCAGGACGUAAUGGCUUGUUUGUUUGGGAGGCUGAUGGGUUUACAAUGGCUUGUAACUCCAAGCCCACGUUUGACUGUUCGAUCGCGAAUUACCGACAUCAGCCGCCCGGUUUUUAGAACAGAAAAUAUGUAGUUUGUUGUGUAAUUGUGUUCACCCAAGUGCUGUAACGUUUGAAGACUGAUGUGAUGUGGAUCAUGAAAUUUCAAAGUAGGUUGUUGUUCCAUCUCCAAAUAGAUAAGGAAGCACUUCUUGUUAGAAAAAUGGCUUCACCACAUUCCUUUUUCAUUUUUCCUUUUUGUUAAAAGUUAUUUGACAAAGACUUUGUUGUUGUGGCCAUCCUGUCAUAAUUGACCCUACAAAAGGCAGACAUGUAAUCUUUGAAUUCAUAGUAUAUAAUAACAUAUCUAAAUUUGUGAUAA